UCCUCUCAUUCCUUCUCUCUCUCCCCGCAUGGUCCUGCAAUUCUAGUUCUCUUCUUGCUCUUUUCUUCGCGGUCUAAUCGCCAUCGAGCGACCCAUAGAAUCACCAGAAGAAAGUUAACGCCUGAGGAUCGGUAAUCGCGAGAUCGUAUCAGGGCAGCUGGUCCACAGCAGGAAAAUUUGGAAGCCUUCUUUUGCUGAGCUUUGCUAGGGUUUCGUUCGUCAUCUUCUUCUUUCACGGUUUCUGUUGCUGAUCGGAGGUGUCAUUAGAAGGCCGAUCUCGCCGGUGGGUGGUUUCGAGGGGCAAAAGAGGCUGCUUUCUAAUUUUUUUCUGGGUUGAUGUUCUUCGUCGUGGUUUCGGAUUCUGGCGCAGAAGGUUUCUGACAGAAACGUGGUGUUUUGAUAUUCUUGAGGCGUUUUGGAUCAUUUCUGUUAGGGUAAGAACGGGAAUAUUUGUUCUGGUCGUUGGUUCCGUUGAAGCUGCCUAUUAGGGUUUCACGGCUCUUUACCUUUGGUCUGUAGUCGAUCACAGCCAUUCUUUUCCGUUUUAGCUGUACAUUGUGCUCAAAUGGAGGUAGGGUGUUGUGCUUGAUGCUGCUGUAUUGAAGGAAGUGGAAGUGGGGGUGAGACGGCGAGAUUUAAGCGAUCUGCAGCAGCUUUAUAUGGGCGAGCAUGGAGCCUGGUCACAUCCAGGUGACCUACUGCUUAAUGGUCUUCGUCCCAAUGAAGGCGGCAAUGUGACUCGAUUGCUUGAUAAGGAUCGAUGGAUGAAGGCUGAAGAGAGAACUGCUGAGCUGCUUGCUUGUAUUCAACCAAACCGGCCAUCAGAGGAGAGCAGAAAUGCUGUGGCCAACUAUGUCCAGAAGCUAAUCAUGAAGUGCUUCUCUUGUGAGGUUUUUACUUUUGGGUCAGUACCUUUGAAGACUUAUUUACCUGAUGGGGACAUCGACCUGACUGUAUUUAAUAAGAAUGAAGAUUUGAAAGGUAAUUGGGCCAAUGAAGUACGCGAGGUACUUGAGAAUGAAGAAAGGAGUGGGAGUGCUGAAUUUCGUGUUAAGGAAGUCCAGUACAUUCAAGCAGAGGUUAAAAUAAUUAAGUGUCUCGUAGAAAAUAUUGUUGUAGACAUAUCUUUCAAUCAGGUUGGUGGGUUAUGUACUCUAUGUUUCCUUGAAGAGAUUGACCAUCUGAUAAAUCAGAAUCAUUUAUUCAAGAGGAGCAUCAUAUUGAUUAAAGCUUGGUGCUACUACGAGAGUCGGAUACUUGGUGCCCAUCACGGACUUAUUUCAACAUAUGCUUUGGAAACUUUGGUUCUUUACAUAUUUCAUGUUUUUAACAAUUCCUUUAACGGACCGCUUGAGGUUUUAUAUCGUUUUCUGGAAUUUUUUAGUCAUUUUGACUGGGACAACUUUUGUGUUAGCCUUUGGGGACCAGUUCCAAUUAGCUCACUUCCAGAUAUGUCAGCGGAAUCUCCUCGAAAGGAUGGUGGCGAGUUGUUGCUUAGUGGGCUUUUCCUCCAGGCUUGCAGUUCUGUUUAUGCUGUUUUUCCAGGCGGUCAAGAAAAUCAAGGCCAGCAAUUUGUAUCCAAACAUUUCAAUGUAAUCGAUCCGUUACGUACAAACAACAAUCUUGGACGGAGUGUUAGUAAAGGCAACUUUUUUCGGAUACGUAGUGCAUUUGCAUUUGGAGCCAAAAAAUUAGCUAAAUUACUAGAUUGUCCAAAAGAGGAUAUGAUUUCUGAGGUCAAUCUGUUCUUUAUGAACACAUGGAAGAGGCAUGGCAGGGGGGACAGACCUGAUCUCCCUUCCCCAACUAAUCGGUCUUUGAUACCCCUAAUGAAAGGUUCAGCAGAGUCCAAUAGUUCAGAAGGAACUGAAAGUACUGGACGGCAGUUUGGUCUUGAACAUCACCCAAAAGGAAGCAAUUCCUCCACUGUUUAUCGUGCUCCAGUGCAGAAGAGCAAUGCUAACCAAAUUAGUUCAAAAGACUCCGUUCAUUCCGAAAGAAAUCUUCGCUCUAGCAUAUCUGCUAGAUCCGAAAAGAAUCAGAGAAGUUCAAGAUCGAAUAAUUCUGGCGUGGAUGGACGAAGUAGCCUUCAGUUCUCGAGGACUCAAUCGAGUCCAGAGCUAACUGAGACAACGGUAGACUCUCCCUCUAGAAUUAGGCGCAGUUGGGUUGGAGAGGUGAGUAAAACAUUCAACGAGAAUUUAAGAUCUGAGUAUGGCAGCAGAAGGAAAACCAUCAAUUCUGAAGGCAAUAUUAAUGACCCUUCAAUUAGACAAAGUUCGUCCCAGCGGAGCUUCGAGGCUGCUGCGGAAUCUAAUAGUGCCUCAAAUAGCUAUCACAAUGAUACUGGUUUUAUGAGUGUUGGGGAAGAGCUCGCUUCGGUUUCUGAUGCACUGGAGCAACAGCAGCAGGAACAGCAGGACAUGGUAAAUAUGAUGGCGGUUUCACGGGCCCAUAAUUUUAUUGGGCAGGUCCAACUACCGAUGCAUUUUACUUCUCCUCAUCCUCUUCCUGUUUCUCCUUACUUAGCUUCAAUGGGCUAUGCUCAGAGAAAUUUAGUCACCUUGAUCGACCCUUCGUGGGGAUCUGCGGUGCAGUUUCCUCAAGGUUUCGUUUCGUCACAGGUUCCUCAUUAUUUUCCAAAUCCUAAUAACCUGAAGUCAAACUCAGAAGAACUCAUGACUGGCAACGAAAUCCCUCAUGUGAAUGCAGCGAAUACGGAGGAUGAAGAACAUGAUUCAUGGCAUGACCAUAAUGUUGGUUUCACCAGAGACUUCAAAACCGGUAAUGGAGACCACAUCAUUCAUUCCUAUGAAAGGAAACAUCCUAAUGCUUUUGAACAACAAAAUAGUGUAACAAAUGACAUAUUUGCGAAGGAUAGAAAUGCAAACUUAAAGCAUAUUCCAGUAGUGCAGGUUAGCGCUGAUAGAAGUAAUCUGUACUCUGAAACUUUGAGGGAUGGACCAAAUUUGAAGCCGCCUUCCAAAACAACGAGGAACAAGUGGGGAAGAAGCCCGCCUGCUUCCGAAGUGGCAAAUUCCUUACGUGGUAAAGCUAAGACUGAAUGGCGAUAUGAAGUUGCAUCCGAACCUGCUUCGUCUUCUCAGGAAGACGAUGAAAGCGGCGGUUGGGUGUCUCCAUCGACUUCAGCCACGAAUAUAUCAGAGCGUGUCAUAACAUCUGCUCCUUUGAUGUCCGUGCAUUCUACGAGUAACCUUUCGGGAUACGAACAAGCACAGAUAAGCGGAGCAGACUCAGUGAUCCCGUUUGCACCUCUCCUUAUCGGUGGUUCUCGGCAGAAGUUUCCGGAAAACUCUGGGGUUAUUCCAUUUACAUUCUAUCCCACCGGUCCACCUGUUCCAUUCGUAACGAUGGUUCCCGUAUAUAAUUCCUGCUCUGAUGGUUCGCCAAAUCAUGUCGAUAGGGACGACGAUGCGGAACAGCUUCAUGCAUCACCAUCCAACCGCAGCUACGAUUCGGUCCAGAACUACGAUCAAUUUGAUAAUCUCGUGAAUUUGAGUACCUCGAAAGGUGUGGCCUCAGAUUCGAUCGAAGAACACAAACCAGACAUACUAAACAGUGAUUUUGCAAGCCAUUGGCAAAAUUUGCAAUUUGGAAGGUUGUGCCAGAGCACUCGGAACCAAGGACCCAUGACCUAUUCUCCUCCUGUAAUGGUGCCUCCGGUUUAUCUGCAGGGUCAUUUUCCCAUGGAUGGACCUGGUAGACCCCACUCCACUAACAUGACCUUUCCACAGGUCAUGGGUUAUGGUUCUCGAUUGGUUCCGGUCGCUCCUCUACAGCCUGGUCCCAACCGACCGUCGGGUGCUUUUCAUCGAUAUGGGGAUGAUUCGCCGAGAUAUCGGAGUGGUACUGGAACUUACCUCCCAAAUCCUAAGGCUUCUUUCAGAGAGAGACAAUUUUCAAAUGCUAGAAAUCACAGAGGCAGCUACAAGCACGAUCGGGCCGAUCACACAGACAGAGACGGAAGUUGGAUAAAUGCCAAAGCUCGUUCCGCCGGUCCUGGUCACGCACGAAAUCAGAACGAGAGAUCGAACUUCAGGUCUGAUCGAUUGGCCACAUCAGAUAACCGACAAUGGGAUUCAUAUAGGCACGAGCACUUUACUCCUCAUCAAGCGCAUAAUAUUUCGUUUAGACCAUCAAACUCACCGAAUGAUUCCGCAAACUUGCCAUAUGGUGUUUAUCCUGUACCAAGCGGCAGUUCCAAUGGCGUCGUGAUGCUGUAUCCAUACGAACAGGGUGUUAGCUUUGGACAGCCCGCUGAUUCGCUCGAGUUUGGAUCAUUCGGACCCGUGCCUCUACCGAAUACUGAAGGAUCGAGGUCCAAUGAAGGAAAUCCGAUGAAAAGAGUACAUGAUCCAAGGCAUAGUGCGAAUCAAGGAGGCUCUCCGCGAUCAUCUCCAGACCAACCUUCGUCGCCACAAAUACCACCGAGGGGACAUUAGAUCACUCGUGAGAUCUAUUCGGCCGAAUUGUCGAUCAUCGAAA